AUGGCGGAUAGUGGAAGUAAAAUAGGAGAGGGUGAUGAAGUUCCUGGUCGUGUGGAGGAAAACUUGUGUCAACCAUGUUUAAGUAAGGAUAAGGAAACCUUAGCUGACAAGUUUUGUUCAACUUGUAAUGAAUUCCAAUGUAAUGAUUGUUCAAAUGUACACAACGUGCUCGCAAUCUUAAAAAAUCAUAAAUUGGUGAGUGUGAAAGAAGAUGAUGUUGCAAGUAUUUCGGUUAAAAUGAAGGCCUUAGAUCUAUGUGAUCAACAUCAACGUUCUUUAGAUUUUUUCUGUGAAGAUGAAAAGAAGCUUUGCUGCAGUACUUGUGCUAUUUUUAAUCACCGGAAAUGCCAUAGCGUUGUAGAAAUUGAGAAGAUCGCUGGGAAAAUAACCUCACCAAGUUCUAUCUUAGGGGAGAAAUUGAAGGAAGCUAAAAAAGCUGCUGAGAGUCUUGCGAGACAUAUUCGCUCUUCUAAGGAUCAACUUGAUAAAUAUAUAAAAGAAAUACAUGUCAAUAUUAGACGAAUGCGAGACGAAGUAAUGAGAAUGUUUGACGAUUUAGAAGAUUCCGUCGUCAAGAGAGCUAAAACUCUUCAGAAAGAAACAUUAGAAAAUCUGAAAAAGAAACAAACCAUUAACGAGAAUCAUUUGGCUGAUGUAACAUCGUGCUUAGAGACGAUUGAAAGUAUUUACAAAAAUGGAACUCCAGUACAAAAAUAUAUAGCGGAACAGAAAAUGGAAAGUAACCUCAAUGUUCUAUGCAGAAACAUCAAGGACGAAUGUCAGACUUUAGAGCCAGUGAACAUUUCUUUUCAUUUUGACGAAACAAUCAAGAUGCCACCAUUACCAAUCACUGAAUAUGUUCCAGGACAAUUACAAUUAAAGUUUGAUUGGCAGGAAGAUGUUAAUUCCGUUGACAAGGCAAUGAUUUUAAAGCCAGUUUCUAUCAUUGAUUUGAAGAAGACGGGAGAUGAUAUCAAAGAACCGUUAUAUACAGGCAUAGAUUUUCUACCUGAUGGUAGACUGGUGGCUGUGGAUAACAAAAACAAGAAAUGUUUAGUGUACAAUGAAAAGCUUGAGAGAGUAGAAUCAUAUCAGCUGUCUUACUCACCAUUAUCUGUUGUUGUUGUAUCUGAGGAGGAAGUAGCGAUAACAUGUGGUUAUGGAUACAAAAUAGAAUUUCUACAUGUUAGUAAAUGCAAUGAAAUAACUUCAAGUAGGACAUGUAAUGUGAACACGAAAUAUUACUCCAUAUGUUUGAAAGAUGAUAGACAGUUUGUAGUAGGCACUUUUGAUGAGCAAAGACCUGUUCGUAUUGUAUCAUUUACAGGAGAUGAGCUUGAUUUUAGUGUAAACUUUCCAAAUAAGAGAUGUCCUGCAGAUAUAAACGCUAGUACUUACAUAAAGAGCAGCAACAAAGUUGUGAUAACAGAUAGAGACGAGCAUACUGUCUACAUAUAUGACAUCAAAACAGACACGAGAGUUGUAGUGAAGGAUGAUCAGAUAGAGGGACCAUAUGGUGCAGCAGUUGGUCCUUCUGAUACUAUCCUAGUGUGUAGUGGUAAAAACACUAUUUUACAGAUAUCUCAAACAGGUCAGGUAUUAUCAUCGUACAAGAUAGAUAUGGAAAAUUCAUUUAGAGUAUGUGUCUCGCAUGAUAAAUCAUUUCUUGUUGUAACAAAUUACUGUGUUGGAAAUAGGAAAAUGCAGAAAUUCAAAAUAUCAACAUAA